AUGGCCUUCAAAACACUGUUCCAUUCCACUUUCGCUUUGCUUCUUGUUUUUGCAUUUUGUGCUUUGGAGGCCAAUGCUCGCACUCUCCAAGAUGCUUCAAUUCGUGAAAGGCAUGAGCAGUGGAUGGCUACAUAUGGAAAAGUCUACUUGGAUUCUUAUGAGAAAGAGCAGAGAUACCAAAUAUUCAAGGAAAAUGUGCAACGCAUAGAGGCAUUUAACAAUGCUGGAAACAAGCCUUACAAGCUUGGUAUUAACCACUUUGCUGAUCUCACAAAUGAGGAAUUCAAAGCCAGAAAUAGAUUAAAGUGUCAUAUGGGCUCCACAAUAACAAGGACACCCAUAUUUAAGUAUGAACAUGUCACAGCAUUGCCAACUUCAUUGGAUUGGAGACAGAAAGGAGCUGUCACACCCAUUAAGGACCAAGGCCAAUGUGGAUCUUGUUGGGCAUUUUCUGCUGUGGCAGCGACAGAAGGAAUCACCAAGCUGAGUACUGGCAAAUUGAUCUCUCUAUCGGAACAAGAGCUUAUUGAUUGUGACACAAAGGGUGAGGACCAAGGUUGUGAAGGGGGUUUGAUGGACGAUGCCUUCAAAUUUAUCUUGCAGAACAAAGGACUUACCACAGAAGCCACUUACCCUUAUGAGGGAAUUGAUGGAAGAACUUGUAAUGCAAAAGCAGAAAGCAACCAUGCAGCAAGCAUUAAGGGGUACGAGGAUGUGCCCGCCAACAGUGAGAGUGCACUGCUCAAAGCUGUUGCUAAUCAACCAGUUUCAGUAGCUAUUGAUGCCAGUGGAUAUGAGUUUCAGUUUUAUUCAGGUGGUGUCUUCAAUGGAUCAUGUGACACUAACUUGGAUCAUGGUGUCACUGCUGUGGGGUAUGGAGUGAGUGACGAUGGAACAAAGUAUUGGUUGGUGAAGAAUUCAUGGGGUGUAAAGUGGGGUGAAAAAGGAUACAUUAGGAUGCAAAGAGAUGUUGCUGCUAAAGAAGGCUUGUGUGGCAUAGCAAUGUUGGCUUCUUACCCAACUGCAUAA